AGGCGGCGGGCGCGAGGAGCGCCUCGGCCGGCGCGGAGCUCGCAGACGCGCGGGGAACAUGGCGGCGGCGGAGCCGGCUGUCGCGGCGCUGGCGGGCGGCGGCGUGGGCGCGGCGGCGCCGUCGGGCACGGUCCCCGUGCUCUUCUGCUUCUCCGUCUUCGCGCGGCCCUCGUCCGUGCCGCACGGCGCGGGCUACGAGCUUCUCAUCCAGAAGUUCCUGAGCCUCUACGGCGAUCAGAUCGACAUGCACCGCAAAUUCGUGGUGCAGCUCUUCGCCGAGGAGUGGGGCCAGUACGUGGACCUGCCCAAGGGCUUCGCGGUGAGCGAGCGCUGCAAGGUGCGCCUCGUGCCGCUGCAGAUCCAGCUUACUACCCUGGGAAAUCUUACACCUUCCAGCACUGUAUUUUUUUGCUGUGACAUGCAGGAAAGGUUUCGACCAGCCAUCAAGUAUUUUGGAGAUAUUAUUAGUGUUGGACAAAGAUUGUUACAAGGUGCCCGGAUUUUAGGAAUUCCAGUUAUAGUCACAGAACAGUACCCUAAAGGCCUGGGAAGCACUGUUCAAGAAAUCGAUUUAACAGGUGUAAAGUUAGUACUUCCCAAGACGAAGUUUUCCAUGGUGUUGCCAGAAGUAGAAGCGGCAUUAGCAGAAAUUCCUGGAGUUCGGAGUGUUGUGUUAUUUGGAGUAGAAACUCAUGUGUGUAUCCAGCAAACAGCUCUGGAGCUCGUUGGCCGGGGUAUUGAGGUUCACAUUGUUGCUGAUGCCACCUCUUCGAGAAGCAUGAUGGAUCGGAUGUUUGCUCUUGAGCGUCUUGCUCGAACUGGGAUCAUCGUAACAACAAGCGAGGCUGUUCUGCUGCAGCUGGUGGCCGAUAAAGAUCAUCCGAAGUUCAAGGAAAUCCAGAACCUCAUUAAGGCGAGCGCGCCAGAGUCAGGCCUGCUGUCUAAAGUAUAGACCUGGUGAGGGACUGGUCCUCUGCUUGCCCCUCGGGCACGGGACUGGGAGCCCAGAAAAGCUCUCAUCUGGACCAGAAUUAAAAAAUUAAGUUACAAACUAACUCCUUUUUUUGCACCUCUUAAUAAACUGUAACCAAUUAGGUCAUUUGGGUACCAGCGUUUAGUGACCAUGUCCAGGGCUUCUGGUGCUGCCUCCCCACUUCAUCUGUCACUGCUUUUAUUUGUUGGAACAACAUAGAGAUAACAGAGGUGCCCCUUUUUUUUGUACUGUCCUCACUGAUGAGCACUUGCAGAGGUGCACACUCUUAAGUUUCAUUGAGCUGUGCACUUUAGAGAGAGAGACAGAAGGUACUGGUUACUGUACAGUGUAUCUUGAGGUUUUAGUGUGGUUUCAGUGCUUUUGCUCUCUCCGGGUUGAGUGAAAACGGAUUUUGUCUGAGAAUCUGAAAACAGGACUGUGGAUGGUGUCGCCUGCCUGAACCCCUACAGUCAGUUUGCAGACUAAAUUGCACUGCUCUAACCGGACAAAAUUAUGGCAAGUAUUUACUUAUCUCCCUUUUAUUAGGCUAAUUUCCUUAUCUGGUCACUACUACUAAUUCUCUGCUAAUGUUUAUUUUUAGCUGAAUUUUUUUUAUUAUUGUUAUUUCAAAGACUCACUGGUUCAUUGCGAAUUUUGGUUUUGUAAACAGAUGGAGUGAUUUUCGAGGCGGAAGGCUGUUUUAAAAUAAGUGAAGGAUUUUACUUAAAAAUCAGUACAGCCAUCUUGAAUAAGCUUUCUGGUCUGUACAAGAUUAGCAAAAAAGUUAAAGACUGGAUAAAAUGUAGUUUUUAAAAUGUCUGUAUUCUUGUUUGGUAUUUUUUUCCAUCUACUCAGUAAAUGUUAUUGUUAAUGGAGAAGGCAUCAGUAAUAGUUUGGGAUAUUAAUUUUGUAGUCAUUACUAUCCUUCAAUAAAUUUAUUUUCAUUACAUACUUAUUAGAGGAUUUUCAAGCCUUUUUUAAUUUUGUGAAAUAUGGAACAUUGCUGUCUUUUACAUUAAAAUAAUUAAAACAUUU